ACUUUUGAAGAUUUGUUGUCAAAAUCAAACAUCAAACUUGUUUCGGUUUUGUUUGUUUAAUGUUAAUCGUUAUUUUUCCGAAUUUUGAAUAAAUCCCCGAAUCAGACGAAGUACAAAAUUAAUAGCACUUGCAAUGUUUCGCGUUGGCAAAUUCACAUACAAUCGCGGCGAACGCCUGCCGCAAAUCACUCAACAAUUAUUCCUGGCCAACCGGCAAUUGUACGACACUUUGACCAGGGGACGAGCGUCGGCAUCGCCAACGGCACAGCUGCAAUCGGCUGCUGGCAAACCACCACAGAAGAAGUCCAACACCAGCGACCAGCAGGACAAGAACUCUCUGCAUAAUCAACGCUGGUCACGAAAAAUCUUUAGCGGCAUUCAGCCAACUGGCUCCUUGCACUUGGGCAACUAUUUGGGCGCGGUGCGCAAAUGGACACAUCUGCAAAAGGCACGCGAAAAUGUGACGCUCUGCAUCGUGGACAUGCACUCGAUAACCAUGCCCCACAAUCCGCCCAUGCUGCGCGAGAACAUCUUUAUGAUGGCAGCCACGCUGCUCGCCUGUGGUGUUGAUCCUGCGCAGAGCACACUCUUCGUGCAGUCGGGCGUGAUGGAGCACGCGGAGCUCAACUGGAUACUCAGCUCGCUGACGACGAUGCCGCGUCUGGCGCAGUUGCCCCAAUUCAAGGAGAAGUCGCGCAGGGUGAAGGAUGUCCCGCUCGGCUUGUAUGUGUAUCCAGUGCUGCAGGCUGCCGACAUAAUGCUGUACAAAGCCACCCAUGUGCCGGUUGGAGCGGAUCAGCUGCAGCAUAUACAAUUAGCCCAGCAUUUGAUUCGAGCCUUUAACACACGCUAUGGCGAAAUGUUCCCGGAGUGCAGUCCCAUGAUUGAGGAGAACGAUGCAUCUCGGGUGCUGUCGUUGCGUGAGCCAUCCAAGAAGAUGUCCAAAUCGGACCAGGAUCCACGUGGCACCAUCAAUCUGAGCGAUUCGCCCGAGCUAAUCCGGGAGAAGAUCAAGAAGGCCGUCACCGACUUCACAUCGGACAUCACAUACAGCCCGAGCAUGCGUCCUGGUGUCAGUAAUCUGGUCAACAUUCAUUCCCAUGUCACGGAUGAGAGCAUCGCCACUGUGGUGGAGGAGGCCAAGCUGCUGGACACGGCCAAGUAUAAGGAGCGAGUCGCCGACGCUGUCAUUGAGCAUUUGCGUCCCAUACGCGAAAAGAUCAACAUGCACCUGGCCAACGAGAGGGAGCUGUGCUACGUGCUGGAGAUGGGCGCAGAGAAAGCACGGAAGGUGGCCCAGCACACGAUGAGCGAGGUGAAACAGCGUCUGGGACUGGGCAUCAGUGGCCCGCUGCCGGCCAGCGUCUCUGUCGCACCUCUGCUGCCCGAUCAUGCCAAGCUGACGGCCAGCCAACGUCUGGCCAAGGGUGUACUCCAUCCGGAUGCCAAUUCGCACAGUCUGCCGCACUUUGAGCAGCGCUGUGAACCGGGCCACGGCACGCUCGCCUCACUCGUUGGCGGCAAUGCGGGUCAAUCAGUCACCGGAGGAGGAGGAAAUUUCUCUCCCAACCAGACGCUACACCGAACUGUGCCCGUGCAGACGAUGCGCGUGGAGAAGUCCAAGAAUUUAAUGCCGUCGCGGCACAUCUUCAAAAUGGACCAAUUCAAUGUACCGAAAAUGGCAUUCCGGGAUCCGGGCGUGGUAUACGCCGGUAAACGACCCGAUCAGCGAGAACGACGAACUGCUGUCCUUGGUUUCUCGGCCGCGGAAUAUUUGGCUACGGAUAAUAGCAGCCGCUUGGCGGGUGCCUCGUAUGCGGGCAAUGCAAAUCACAGUGCUUUGGCUGCCGUCACCAGCCAGGUGAAUGCGGCCGUCAAGGACCAGGAGAGGUUCAGCAGCCUGGCGAACAGUGCCUUUUAUAAAACUGCUGCUAGCUCCUUCAACAACACCAAUCCCAGUGUCGUCAAUGUCGCCGCCAGCACCAUGCAAAAUCACUGCAACAAUAGCACUAGCACCAGCACCACUUCCACCUUCAGCUCCUCCGCCGACUCCAGCGAGACCAGCAAACCCAAAUCCUCCACAAUUUUUGUGGAUGAGGCGGAAAAUGAGAGCGAGGAGCGUGAGGAAGACGAAGAGAACUACGCUGGCGAUGCGCCCGAUAGCAAAAUAGAGAAAUUAAAUUAGCUCAAUGUGAUUAACGUCUGCAAUUGUUUUUAGUAUAGUCUAAUAUACAUAUAUAUAUUCUCAAA